GGUGUAGUAUCAGUCGUGCGAAUCAACUGAUGAUUAAACACUAUACGGUUUGAGCGGACUUUUCGGUGAGCGGUCACUUUCUAAUUAACUCACGUCACCUUAAAGAAAUAAAAUAACAUACCCUCCAAAGCAACAACCAACAGGAGACAUACCUAGUUUUCGCAAAAUAUUUUUGUUCGUCAUUUCUUUUGACUGGACAGCGCGAGACGAGGAUGUCUGCUAUCAAGGCGCUUCAACAAUGGUGCAAAGUUAAGUGCGCUGGGUACCGAGAUGUCAAUAUUACCAACAUGACAACUUCUUUCAGAGACGGGUUGGCUUUCUGUGCUCUAAUCCAUAAGCACAAACCGGAUCUUAUAGACUAUGACUCCCUGAGAAAAGAGGAUGUUUUUUACAACAACCAAUUGGCUUUCCGGGUUGCGGAUGACGUGCUGGGGAUCCCCGCUCUGCUGGAUGCAGAGGACAUGGUGGCCCUGCGGGUCCCCGACAGACUGAGCGUCCUCACCUACGUCUCUCAGUACUACAACUACUUUAAUGGACGCAACCCCAUUGGAGGGAUGGGAGGUAUUAAAAGACCAGCAGAGGGCUCCAAGGAGGAGCCGUCUGAAAAGAAGAAUCUCCCUGUAUCUAUGGCUGUUGUGGUCACAGAAGUCUUGACCAAUCUUCCAGAUCCCUGCACUGUUCACGUGAGGACCUCCCCCAAAGAACACAGAACCGCUCCACAGAAGACUGAGGUUUUGGUGGAGACCACUAAUAAGACCGGCACUCUUAGCAGUAAAUGUGUUGUUUGCAAAUGCCACGUUCAUCUGGUCCAACGACACUUCAUUGAGGGAAAGCUUUACCACAGGAGCUGCUUCAGGUGCAGUGAAUGCUCCAAGGUGCUCCUGGCUGGAGCCUAUAAACCAUGCAGAGAGCCUGGAAGCUUCAUUUGUAAUAACCAUCAGAACAGCUGCAAACCUUCCUUCCCUGGGUCUGUCCUCCAAACUGCACCCCCCAGCUCCACAGUUGACCCUAAAAGUGACGACAGUAGAGGCCAGUGUGUCACCCGCUCCACCUCGGUGCUGUUGACCCCAAUUGUGGUGACCUUGAAGCCGGUGGAGAGCGUGACCAUCCCGGAUCCCCAGCCCUGGACUAGCUCAGCCCAGAAAACCCAGGCUGCGCGGCAGAGAUUCUUCCAGUCGUCUCACUCAGCCCCAGAAAGGCCCCCCAGCAGCCAGAGGCCCGUAGGCCCCUCAGGACUGCGGAACGUGUCCCUGUGUGCUGAGGAGAACAAGAUCAGAGCGAGGGCUGUUAUUACAAACAAACUAGCAGAGGCGAACUGCAACAACAACAACACUAGACACUUUGUUAUCCGGACAGCAGGAAGGAGGUCAGGCCAGACGGAAUGUGGGCCAGCCGCUGUUAAACAACCUGAGGCCCAAAACUUUACAGACCAAUUCAACAAUAAGGAAGCCCAUUGGCUGGACACCAAAGAAGAGAGUGCCAAAUCAACAACCGCAUCCUCCACCACUGAAGAUGUGGUCUGUGCAGAGGCCCCUCUAUAUUGGCGAUCAAAACUCAAGCCUGUGAAGAAGGGACAUGGACUAUAUUCCUCUGACGCUGAAGUAGAUGGCCACGCAGUCGUCGUUGCGAAACUGAAAACUGAUGUCGUCUUUGAGUCUUCUGCCAUGUCCGUCAUUGCCAACGUUGGCUCCACCUCUCCUCGGGACCCUCCUUCACCCAAACCGAUUCCUCCCAGAGCUCCGUCUCCCAAGCUGCCUCCUGGUCACAACUCUGCAGGCUUGGGUACUAAAAAUGGCAGUUAUUCUCCUCUCCUGUCCACUCCUCCCCUUGUUCCUGUCUGGCACAGAAUUCCCACUCCCAACCAACCUGGCCAUAGCUCUAAUGGAUCUGGUUUAAAGUGUGACCGUUAUUCUCCACCUACAUCUUGGUCUCCUAUGCAGCGUCGGCAGUGCCCAACAGGUUCUAAAAAUGGCGAGUGUUUUGCACCCACAAACUCCUCCAGGUCUGAAAUGAGGCCCCCCUCGUCCCAUCACAUCCCCAGGGAUCAGAUAGUGAAAGAGCUGCGCCAGAUUGAGGAUAGCCUUGGUGACCUGGAGAGGAAGGGUGUGGAGAUGGAGAAGAGGCUACGAUGCUGUGAGGAAGAGGGCGAGGGCGACCUUUUGAUGGACCCACUGAUGGUUGCCUGGUUUAACCUGAUCCGAAAGAAGCAGAUUUAUAUCAGGAGGGAGUCAGAGCUUGUAUACAUAGCUAAGACACAAGAUCUGGAGGAGCAACAGCCAGGGGUGGAGGGGGAGUUACGCAGGCUGUUGGAGAAACCAGAUCACCUGAAGUCUGCAGAGGAGCGUCUGCGAGAGGACCGACUGAUGGACCGGUUGAUAGAGAUUGUGAAUGGUCGGAACGCCAUCGUGGAAGGACUGGACGAGGACCGGCUCAGGGAAGAGCGAGAGGAUCAGCAGUUAAAUGAAAUGAUGCAGACUCUUGGACUAAAAAAAAACAAAAUCAAGAAGUCGUCUUCCUUCAAAAAGCUGUUCAGGCGAAGAAGUUGCAAAAAGGUCAUGGUACUUGAUCAGGACACGGUGUUCUGAUUUGUUCUUUCUGGAAUCAGAAUAUGUUGUGGACACAUCCUGUCUUGUGCUCUGGUUUUUCAGAUUUUGAAGAAGGGCUGUUGAUUCUGUAUAUAACUGUGUGCAUUGUGGUAUUGGAGUUGAGCAUAUUAGUAAAACAAUUGUAAGUUUCUAAGCUUGACAAAAACACUGAAAGUCAAAGCUUACACUUAAUUAGCUCCACAUCAGAUAAGGUUGGAGUUUUGUCACUAGGGGUAAUUAAAAAAGCUUUUUGUUUGAAAUUUCACGUCUUCCCUAUUCAGUUGAGUGUUAUGUUGUAAUUCUGGGAAUUGGUUUUCGGACACUAAAGAUCACCUUAUUGUUUCGUUUCUUUGGAGUUGUAGUUAAUAUCACAGUUUAGCUUAUGGUUUGCUCAACUUUUUGGGUUUGGUUCUCCACACCACUUACAGCUGGUAUUGUUCUGACAAGGGGUUCAGUCACUGUUAAAAUAACUGAAACAACUCAAUGUAACUGUUUCAACUGCUUAUGUUCAGUAAUAUUUCAGUCAUUUUAAGUUGUUUCAAAAGGGGGUAAUUUCAUUAAUGUGUGUUUUUAAACCCCAAAUUUGACAUCAACAUUUUGUUACAGAUGUAUUUAUUUUGUGUGCGGUUUUAAUAUGUAUGCAUGAAAAAACAGGCAAACAACAUUUUAAGUAUGUCAGUUGAAGAGUUGAUCAGCAUAUUGUAAACUACCACAUUUUAAAUGCUGGGUUUCUCCUGUUGUGCUGUAGGUGGCACCAUGGGUUUACCGUAUAGGAAACGGUCAGGAACCUGAAAAUCCAAUUUGCCUCAGUACAGACAGUUAAUUUUCUUGCUAAUUUUAUAAGUGCUGCAAAAUGUUCUACUCUGCAGAUGCAGUAACAUUAUGUGAAAGCGGAUUAUGUUGAGCAGUGGCUUAUGAACAGGAAAAGGCUUAAAAGAACGGUUGUAUUGAGCUUUUUAUCUUAAACCUGGUUUAAUUAAACAUAAUUCUAUACUAAUGUAUGUACUAAAGCAUUGUUUUAUACCUGGUCUAUUAUUGCUGUGUUUUAAGCAAAUAAAUGUUUUGGCAUUUUGAGUCAUUAAUACUGUGAAAAUACUGUGGUGAAUGCACGCAAGGCCCCAUGUUGUCUUUUUAAAUUUGAAAUGAAUGUUAAAUGUGUACAUAGUGAAUCUAUAUUAUAUUUUUAAUUGAAAUGAGUUUGCUGUCCAAUAAAUCCCUUUGAACAUC